AUGAGGUCCCUUGCCCUCGGCUUCUUCUGCCUGUUGUGCUGCAACGCAGUGCGACUGGACAGACGGCGUCCCAGACCCAUGGCGGUCAGAGGUCGAAAUGAGACUACAGUCCAAACCAAACCAGUGGAGAACACUUGCAAAGCAAUCCCUCUGGAUUUCGUCUUCGUCAUCGACAGCUCCCGCAGCAUUCGCCCCAACGACUACGAGAAGGUCAAGACGUUCAUCAUCAACCUGCUUCAGUUCCUUGAGGUCGGCUCUGAAGCCACUCGGGUUGGUCUACUACAGUAUGGCAGCGUGGUCCAGCCCGAGUUCUCCCUCAGCACCUACACCACCAAGGCGGAGGUAGAGCAGGCAGUGAGGAACAUGGAGCACCUCGCCACAGGAACAAUGACUGGUCUGGCUAUACAGUACACCAUGGAAACAGCCUUCACUGAGGAAGAAGGAGCACGACCAGCAAACCUGCACAUCCCACGAAUCGCUAUGGUUGUGACUGAUGGGAGGCCUCAGGACACGGUGGAGGAGAUUGCGGCUGAGGCGAGGCAGGCUGGCAUCCAGAUCUUUGCUAUCGGAGUGGGCAGGGUGGACAUGAACACUCUGAAGGCCAUAGGGAGUGAACCACACUCUGAGCAUGUGCACCUGGUGGCCAACUUCAGCCAGAUAGAAACCCUCAUCUCUGUGUUCCAGUCCAAACUGUGUGGAGGUUCAGAGAUGUGUGAAGUGGUGGACCAUCAGUGCCAGCACAUCUGUGUGAGCAGCCCUGCAUCAUACAGGUGCAAGUGCAGGAAAGGCUUCACUUUAAACCCCGAUGGCAAGACAUGUAAAGAGAUUGAUCACUGUGCUGAUGGCACCCAUGGGUGUGAGCACGAGUUUUUAAGCACAGCAGACUCCUGUGUGUGUAAAUGCAGAGAAGGCUACAAACUCAGACCUGAUGGGAAAACAUGUAAAAAGAUUGAUCACUGUGCUGAUGGCACCCAUGGGUGUGAGCAGGAGUUUAUGAAUACAGAAGACUCCUGUGUGUGUAAAUGCAGGAAAGGCUUCAAACUCAGGCCUGACCGGAAAACAUGCAAGAAGAUAGACCAUUGUGCUGAUGGGAAACACGGCUGUGAACAGGAGUUUAUGAACACAGAAGAUUCCUGUGUGUGUAAAUGCAGAGAUGGAUUUACACUCCGACCUGAUGGAAAAACAUGUCAAAAGAUCGAUCACUGUGCUGAUGGCACCCAUGGGUGUGAGCAGGAGUUUAUGAGCACAGCAGACUCCUGUGUGUGUAAAUGCAGAAAAGGCUACACACUCAGGCCUGAUGGGAAAACAUGUAAAAGUCUGGAUCUGUGUCAGACAGUGGACCAUGGCUGUGAACACCAGUGCGUCAGCACCACUGACUCCUACAUCUGCAGAUGUUUUGAAGGAUUUGUGCUGGCUGAAGAUGGGAAGAGCUGCAAGAAGCCAGACUGUGGUGAUGGAGUCAUGGAUCUAGUUUUUGUAAUUGAUGGCUCUAAGAGUCUGGGUCCUGCCAACUUUGAACUGGUCAAGCAGUUUGUAAACGGCAUUGUGGACUCGCUGGACAUUUCCAGGACAGGCACACAUGUUGGCCUUCUUCAGUACUCAACUAAGGUGCGCACAGAGUUCACCCUGAGCCAGUACACCACAGCGCAGAACAUCAAGCAGGCUGUGUCCCGAAUGCAGUACAUGGGGAGAGGCUCCAUGACUGGCUCAGCCUUACGUCACAUGUUUGAGUUCAGCUUUUCAGCUAAAGAAGGAGCCAGGUCAAACAUCCCACGUGUCAGCAUUGUGUUUACUGAUGGAAGAUCACAGGACGAUGUGUCCGAAUGGGCGGAGAAAGCAAAGAACUCUGGAGUCACUAUAUAUGCAUUGGGCGUUGGCAAAGCCAUUGAACAAGAGCUGAGAGAAAUAGCUUCUGAGCCUGAUGAGAAACAUCUUUACUACGCUGAAGAUUUUGAGCAAAUGGGAGAAAUUACAAAGAAACUCAAGUCCAGGAUAUGUAAAGAUGAAAACAUGUGCCAGUGUGAGAACGUUAUAAUGUUUCAGAACCAGGUCACUGAGAAGCUGAAGAACCUGGUGCAGAACAUUGAAGCCAUGUCAAAGAAGCUGGAGACGCUCGAAAAUCAAGUUGUGCACAAAUGACAGGCUGAGACCUUCCCUCCCCCAGACUGAAGUGUAGCAUUCCCAGGAUGCCUUUAAUCCUGCGCUACAAGCUAUACUGAUUUAUAUAUGCAAAUACAAUACUUUCUACUGAACCUAUUUAUACACUUUAUGUAUACAGCUCAAUGUAUUUUUGUCUGUAAGGUUCUUUGUUAUGUAAUACUAAAUUAAGGCGAGACACGACAGACACCACAAAACUUCCACAGAUGAUAAUUUACAAUUAAACAAUCAGUUUUUGUAUAAUACAUUUUUGAAAUGUUAUGUUUAAUAUGUAAAUGAAGCAUUAGUAGAAUAAAUGUGUGUGUCCUGAACAGAACACAACAUUGGAUAAAACCUGGUUGAAAAUGAAUGUUUUGUUGCCAUAUAUUAAUUUUGAAAAACUGUUUUUAUUAUUUCAUAAAUCAGAAUAUACUCUCAAAAGCCCUUCGAUUUGGCCUUGUUUGUGUUAAAUCUUCAGGCGUAAAUAGACAAAGUGUGGUUAAAUAAACAACUUAAUAUUUAUUUUGGAUAUUUUCUUUCCACUUGUCUGAAAGAAGACAUGUUAUGGAGGCACAAUAGA